GAAAAAAAGAAGAGGUCAAGACUCGCGUGCCAGAAGUUUUUGAGGGAAUGGGAAAAAAAUCCCAAGAACCAGAUCGGGUUUAGCUUCACUUUUGAACUGCGCGUGUCGGCGGCGCGUAUGGAGGACUAGCAAUGCUGUCAAUGCCGUUGAUCGAAAAGUAAGGGCAGGCUCUGGAUCUGUUUGUGGCAUUGUCCCUGCCCUCAUACCUGCAACAUGGCGCCUAUAACCAGAUCUUCGGUGCAUGGCAGAGCAACAGAAUCCGAAAGUAUUUCCCGACACAGGAGCUCUUACCCGGCUGAGGAAAACGGUGAAGAUGACCAGGACAUGGCGGAGGACUACGAUGAAGAAUCUGCAGAGGAAGGACUUCAAUCUCCCUACCAAUAUUCAGCGCAAGACAUCCUCCGACCGCUACAAGAUACCGCCGACCGGGUGAGCAGACAGGCGGAGGAGUUCGCGAAGCAGUUGGACAAAUUCAACAUCAACCGGGAGACUACCGAUCAAUCCCUUUGGGAGGAUGCACUAGUACUACUCGAACGAUUCAGUACCAUUGCUCACGCUCGACAACGGAAGACUGCGGUGGACGAUUUUGAUGGACAACUUGACAAGAUACAGCUGGAAAAUGACCUCUGGAUUCUGGCUCGAAAUCUGCUGGCUUGCAAGUCACCCGAGACUGUCAACAAUGCACAAAUAGCGCAGGAGUCGAGAUUAGGGGACUUGCAUCGAUAUUCUGGCAACACUGAGCUAUGGGCAUCUUUCCUCGACUCAGACGCGGUAGCCCAAGAGUACGAAUGUAUAUUGAGUUGGUUGCAGGACAGAGCUGCUGAAACAUCCGAGCCCAUCGAAGACCUUCUUCACACCCUGACAGAGAAAUCGGAAAGAGGAGAUGGAGUCUGGAGCGCUGGUCCGAUCUAUACGCAGGCGGCAAUCAAGCAACAGAAGCGGACUCGGGUAUGGUCAAAGCCUCUGGAUCCGUCGGCCCCUGGUAUCAAACGUACACACGCUCGCCCUUCCGACAACAAGUCACUCGUCGCUCAAUUAGAUCCAGACUCGCGGACUCGAGAGUCGGCCGUGCUUCAAGAUCAAGAUGAGUUCCACGAGCAGGCCGUCUGGCAGACUUGCUGGGAGAUGUUGCGGCGAGGUCGAACAGCUGCAGAAAUACAAUCAUGGUGGGCCGAACGAAAAGAGGUCUGGAGGUACGAAGCGCUACGGUGCUGCGGACCAAAAGCGAGCGAAAUGGCAGAAUCACCUUGGCUGCGAAUACUCAAUUUGGCCACGAAUCAGGAAUGGGUUGACCGAUGUAAAGCUCUCGCGCACAACACUGCCAUUGCUGAUCGAUAUCAGAAGGCUGUCUACGGAAUACUGUGUGGUGACGGUGAGGCUUCCAGACAGGCGAGUGAGGUUGUUGACGAUCACUUGUUUGCGCUCUUCAACGCGCUCUUGAUCGAGAGAUAUCAGCACUACAUUCAGGCUUACCAGAAGAAGUUAGUUGAGCCCUCUGCUAUUGCCUACAGACCGGACUCAGAUGCCCACGACCACAUCCGACAGUACGUGGCGAAAGUGCAGUCGGCCCAGGCAAACAAGAUCGAGUCGCAUCUUCCCCACAAAAUGAUCGAGUUGGCCAUGGUAUCCAGAGACUUCGAUGCUUUCUUUCUCAGUAUGGGCCGGGCUGCUGCUCAUGUGGCACACGCCACAGGACAAGGCUACGAGAUGAUGAACCCAAGCACAGCUGAAAGCAACGAGAUAUCACAACUCAACGCACAAGAUCAUGACUCGGCACGCAUGGUUGUCCAUCUUCAAUUGAUCCUUCAAGCUUUGGGUUUCCUGGACUCGGUGUACGCGGAAAACGAGUACGAAAUGGAGAACAACAUUGUCAGCUACAUAAACUUCUUGCAAAGCAUUGGCAGGUUUCAACUGAUACCUCUCUACGCAUCAAGAUUGUCCGAUAAGCGUGCUCAGCACGUCUUAGGCUCAAUCCUGAUCAAGGUCAAGGAGUCUAAAGAACGUGACACGAUAGUCAAACUGAUGAAGAAGGAGGACUUGAACCUUCCUGAAAUCAUCAUGGGCGUAUUCUCUCUGGCCAACAUUGAUGACCUUCAGAAGCUCCGAAAUAAGGAUCUCCCAACACCACCGAGGAUCACAACUCCAGGAGGGACAGCUAAAUUCGCCGUUCGGAGAGUGAAACCACAGUUGAUGACUGGCAACGUGUCCGAGGCUGUGGAGAAUGCCGUUCGAAGCGUGGAAUGGUGUCGAUAUGUCGAUGCCGAGAGUUGGGGAGGUGCUGCCUGGUGUGUGUCGUCGCUGUACAAGAUCUUUCUUUUCAAGGGUGACUUUGUGGCCCUCCGACAACUCCUCGACCGCGUGAGUUUAUCAGAGAUAUCGCUUGCCGCAGUCGGGAUGAACCUCAAUUUUGCCGAUGGAGACCCACCAAUCGAAAAUGGUGGCGACGAGGAUGAAGAUAUGGAUGAAGAUCGAGUUCAACCCAUGAGCCCAAGCCGCAAACGAAGAGAUCCCUUAGCGGAUCAUCCGUUGACCCGAUCAGGCACUGACCGCGAGACUCUGGCUUUUAAGUCUCUGAUCUGGCGGCAGCUGGAACAACUCGCGACAGCUAUAGAUACCCUGGACAUCUUCCAGGAGACGGCUGACAAUCUCGAAGCGAAUCGUUCGAAUCCGUCACUCCUGCGCACCUACAAACGAGACCUGAAGAAGGCGCUUGACGAUGUACGCACGGCUAUUGCACCACUGCUCGAUAACGAUUUCUUGUCUCAACCCCAAGACAACUCAGACGAGUACCAACUGAGAGUGAUUCGCAAUCACUACAUUCCUGAAUGCAUUCUGGCCUACAACAGUGUUUUGUGGUUUGCAGGCCAUUUCGUCUCCAGGGCGUGGUUGGUUGAGUGUAUGGAGCUCGCGCAAAGAGUUGCAGAGGUUCCCAUGUUGACGAACGCAUUUGUAGAGGGCAAGAGAAUGAAAGAACUGGUCAGAGCUUUUGCUGUGGACAGUGAAGCGCUAUUGCAAGCGAACGAGCAGAGCGGGCCUAAGGCCAAAAAGAUGAAGACCGAAAAGGGGAACAGUGAUAUUUGGAAGGUCAGCUGGAAGGAACAAGGACCGAUCGAUCUUGAGGCCUUGGACUGAGCUCGAUCGUGUGGUACCAUUGGGGCUUUGUCGAGAUGUUGUGCGACGGCUUGAAGUCGUCAUGCACGAUCCAGCAUUGAGGUUGAUCGAUCAGUAACGCGAAUCAGGCAGUGGUUUGGAGUGGAAGAUAGGACACAUCCCGAAGUGCAAGUAUCGUCGUUGCACGGAUUUGGGACUCUGCAAGAGAUGCUGAAGGUCCUGGGCAUCUUGAACAUACCUUGAUCUGAGGAGGAAGUUGUCCGUAUGCGGAAGUACUUCUGUCCAACCACUACAAAGUCAGAUGUCAUGUUCCGGGAAGCGCUACGUAGAAUCUGCAACUCCGCAAAUGCCGACAUAAGGUGCAUAGUACCUAAGUCAUGGUUUUAAGAAGAGUAGGGUGCUGAGUAAACUGCAGGCGCAAGCGGUG